AUGGUUGGACCAAUUAGGCCGCAGAUUGUUCUGUUCGGAUCAUCCAUUGUUCAGUUCAGCUUCAGCAAUGGCGGUUGGGGAUCUAUUCUCGCUGAUCUCUAUGCCCGUAAAGCAGACAUUGUAUUGCGCGGUUACCUUGGUUGGAAUUCUCGACGUGCUGUACAGGUCCUUGAUCAAGUUUUUCCCAAGGAUGCUGCCAAUCAGCCUGCAUUGGUGAUUGUUUACUUUGGGGGUAAUGAUUCAAUGGGACCUCACACCUCCGGACUCGGUCCACAUGUACCACUUCCAGAGUACAUUGAGAACAUGAGAAAAGUUGCAACACAUCUUAAGGGCCUUUCCGACUCAACUCGCCUACUGUUCCUCAGUUGUCCACCUCUCAAUGAGGUCAAACUUCGUGAAAACACAAGUUCAUACUUGAGUGAGCUUGUCCGAACAAACGAUUUGUGCCGGAGAUAUUCAGAAGCUUGUAUAGAAUUAUGUCAGGAUAUGGAUAUAAAAGUUGUUGACCUUUGGACGGCAAUGCAGAAACGAGAAGACUGGCAGAAUGCUUGCUUUACGGACGGGAUUCACCUAUCGGCAGAAGGGAGUAUUAUAGUGGUAGAAGAGAUACUAAAGGUGUUGAAAGAAGCGGAAUGGAGUCCCAGUCUGCACUGGAAAUCCAUGCCUACAGAAUUUGCAGAGGACUCACCUUAUGACCUUGUGGCUUCUGAUGGGAAAUCCACUCUGAAUCCAUCUGAUUGGACUUUCCAUCGAGAACUCAAAUGGGAGUAG